UAAAGAAAACUCCCCAGACUUCUCCGGAUUUCUGAGCUCCUCCGAUAGGAAACUACUUCUCCGGUCGCCGACGGCUUCGCAGUGCCCUCAGGGUUUUAGUUCGAAGAUCUCAAAAACCCUGUCGUUUAGUAGUCUACCGUCUGCUCUAGUUGAGACAAUAGUCUUCCUCUUCCUCACCGGGGGCCUGUGGGGCUCCAUCCUCCGGUGUUCAUUCUCCCCGCUGCUGCCCACUUUGCGACGGGCGCCGUUCCAGAUUCAGUAGAUUUAGUCCUUCUUCCCAAGUUCGCCUUAGUUGAAGGAUAAUGAUUUUAGAAAUGCUGAGACGCGGAAGUAGAGUACUGAAGCAAUCAAACCCUGGCCAAACUGUUACAUUUCGUAAAAUUGUUUUCUUGCUAAUGCUAUUAUCUAUAGCGUUGGUGCUGGUCUUUCGGAACAGCAGUGAAAAGUCAAGCACGGUGUCUGGCAUAUCAUUGAAGAAAUGGGAUAGUUUUAAUUCUUUGGUCCACUUAGAUCCCACUGUUGAGUUCCGAAAUGGGACAGAUUUGAUUUCACAAAUACCUGACUCACCCGGGGGAGUGCUCUUUCUGGCUCAUGGUUGUAAUGGCAGAGCUGCAAAUUUCUGGGAUAAAUCUCCCAAGUGCAAGAACUGUGUUGGUUUACCUGAAGAAAGGCUUGUGGUUCUUCAUGCUUUGGCAAGAAAAUUUGCUGUUCUUGCUGUAUCCAGUACUAGAAGAUGUUGGACUUUGGGGGAUGAACUAUUGAAAGUUAAGGAUAUUGUCAAGUGGUGGAUAGCGAAAGAAAAGCUUGAAAAACUGCCUCUUGUAGCUCUUGGUGCAUCCUCUGGGGGACACUUUGUUUCUCUGCUUGCCACUAAGUUAAAUUUCAGCAGCAUUGCUCUAAUGAUUGCAGAAGGGAUGUUUGGGCAAAUGGACAUUUCUGCCAGUUAUCCACCAACACUUUUUGUCCACAUGCCCAAAGAUGAAGAGAGGAAGCAAAGGAUCGAUAACUACCUAGUCGUUCUCAAGGAUAAAGGCAUCGAUGUUGCAGAGAUUAAAUGCAUGGAGUUUCCACUGUCUCCCAGUUACUUCUCUGAUGUGAUCCCAGGCAUUGAUCGGUCCAUUUCAGUGAAGUUGUUCAACUUGUUCAAGGAAAAAGGUUUUAUUGACAAGAAUGGCUAUAUGACAAAAGAUGGACGUGCAAUACGCUGGAAAGCAGCUCUUCAAGAGAGAGAUAUUACUUUGCCUGAUAAAUCCUUGUUCCACCACAUUCAGGAGGAAAUGAAUCUUGCAUAUGCAAAACAUGAAAUGACCAGCUUGCAGUCUGAGGAAAUUUUGGAUUGGUUUGAAUCUCAUAUGAGCUGAUCAGGAUUCUAAGUUCUCUUCCUCUUCUGCCUCACGUUCAAUAGAUUGGGGAGAAUGAAGUAAAGUAGAUAGUGACAUCUGUAAAAUCUGAUAGUGAAAAACAGUUGACAGGAAGGAAUUAACUUCCAUGAUCGGAUCAAGUUUCCAUGUCUGAUGCAUCUAGCUUCUAGGUGGACAUAUCUUUAAGCGGUAGUUUACUCGUGUAUGAGCUGGUAUGACUACUUAAUCUCAUUAAUUUUAGACGAGACAUCAAAAGGUUGUUGUCCUGACUUACUUUAAAAUCUUGAUUCACAGUUUAUGUUGCUUCCA